AUGACAAAGAGACCAUCAGGGGAGUCCUCGAUUGUGGACUUCCCUCAUUUUGUUAGAGAUCUACUGGACGAGUUCUGCGACCCUGUCACGGAAGACGAACUGGACAAGGCGUUCAAAGUACUCGACACGGAUAACGAUGGACUCAUAAGCGCUGAUAACGUCGGCAACAUUCUGCGGGAGUUCGGAAAACAACUGACAGACGAGGAGCUGCACAGCAUCUUCUCCGAGUUCUCUCCAUCCCAGGACUCCCGUCACCUGCUUUCUUUCCAGCAGUUCAUGUCCAUGAUUAACGAGGCAGAGUACUCCUAG